CACACACACACACACACACGUGCACGCGCACGCUGUGAUGCACACACACACUGUCUCUCCUGUGCUCCAUUUCACGCACCUACAGUCUCUAUUACAGGAACAGCAGAGAGGACACAAAACAAGAGCCGAAUCAGUAAACAGAUUGGUGUUUUUUGACACAGCUUCAUCUCUGACCCCAGAGACUGAGACAUCAUGUCAGGGGACGGUAGCCAGGGUGACAAGACCCAGUGCAAUGGAGUCAAAAAUCACAGAUCUGCUCUUCCUGCUGCUAUGUUCUCACGAAACAAUGUCAGUAUGUGGAGCAUUCUCAAAAAAUGCAUUGGGAUGGAACUGUCGAAAAUCACAAUGCCAGUGGUGUUCAAUGAGCCUUUGAGUUUUCUUCAGAGACUGACUGAAUACAUGGAACACACAUACCUCAUUCAUAAGGCCAACACUUCACAAGACUCCAUCCACAGAAUGAAGUGUGUGGCAGCAUUUGCGGUGUCGGCUGUGGCCUCGCAGUGGGAGAGGACAGGUAAACCCUUCAACCCACUGCUAGGAGAAACCUAUGAGCUGCUCAGAGAGGAUCUGGGGUUCAGAUGGAUCUCUGAGCAGGUCAGUCAUCAUCCACCGGUCAGUGCCUUCCAUGCCGAGGGCAUAAAGAAUGACUUCAUGUUUCAUGGCUCCGUUUAUCCGAAACUCAAAUUCUGGGGAAAGAGCGUGGAGGCCGAACCUCGUGGAAUUAUCACCCUAGAGCUUCCUGUUCACAAUGAAGCCUACACCUGGACCAACCCUACCUGCUGUAUUCAUAACAUUAUCAUGGGACAACUGUGGAUUGAGCAAUAUGGAAAUGUUGAAAUUAUUAAUCAUAAAACUGGGGAAAGAUGUUGUUUGACUUUCAAGUCAUGUGGCAUCUUUGGAAAAGAGCUACAUAAAGUGGAAGGAUACAUACUUGAUAAAAGUAAAAAAAAGAUCUGUGCUCUCUAUGGAAAGUGGACAGAGUGUUUGUAUUCUGUGGAUCCAGCGAUGUUUGAUGCUCACAGUAAAUCUGACGUAAAGCGUUCUGAGAAGGACAGGAAGGGAAGUGCACAGAGUAAUAAUGCGGAAGAGGAGCCAGAUGAAAUGCCUCCUCCAGAGGCAGAGACCGUGCAGGUGAUUCCAGGAAGUGAGCUAAUCUGGAGGAUAUCACCACGACCAGACAACUCAGGAAAAAACCAAAUUUCUCAUUCCUUGGGGUCUCUUCCUGUUCAUAGUCUGAGGGUCCUACUGCAGGGGUACUAUGCCUUUACAUCAUUUGCUCUGCAGUUGAAUGAAUUGGAUGCAGAGAUGGAGCGAGUUCUUCCACAAACAGACUGUCGUCUGAGACCUGAUAUCAGAGCCCUGGAGAAUGGACACAUAGAUGUAGCCAGUGCAGAGAAGAACAGACUGGAAGAAAAACAACGCAUGGCUCGGAGAAACCUCUCCAAAUCAAACGAAGAAUGGAAAAUAAGGUGGUUUCAUCAGGGGCCGAACCCUCACACCAGAGCUCCAGACUGGCUGUACAAUGGCAGCUACUGGGACAGGAACUACUCACAACUGCCUGACAUAUAUUGACCUCAAAUUACUGCAGACAUCUUGUGGAAUGGAGUACAUAUAUGAGCGCCCUACUGUUGAGGAAAUGUAUUUGAUUUUAUAUAUAUAUAUAUAUAUAUAUAUAUAUAUAUAUAUAUAUAUAUAUAUAUAUAUACACACACAGACGUGGACAAAAUUGUCAGUCCUCUUGGUAAAUAUGAACAAAAAAGCCUAUGAAAAUAAAUCUGCAUUGUUAAUCGUUUAGAUCUUUUAUUUAAAAAAAUUGUUGAAGUAUAAAAAUGUAAAAUGGGGGGUAAAUCUCAUUAUGAAUUUUUUUUUUUCUCUAAUACACAUUUUUACACAAUUAAUGUUAUCCUUAGAAAUUCUUAGUAAAAUAUCUCUGAAGUAUAUUCCCAUCCAUAUUUACAUUUUUAGCACACCAGGGUGAUAGGAACAGAAAAUUAUCCAGCUAUGACUUCCUGAUUCACAGGAGUAUAAAUGUGACCCUGGACCACAAAAGGGUCAAUUUCAAAAAUGAAGAUUUAUAUAGAAUAAAUAAGCUUUCCAUUGAUGUAUGGUUUGUUAGGAUAGGACAAUAUUUGGUUGAGAUACAACUAUU